GAGCCGCUGAGGCUCGGUUGUUGUUGUUUUGUACACAAUGAGCAGAUUAUAUCCGUACAGAUAUAGAGGUGGGGAUUGCAUUGCAUACAUUAGCACUGCAUUCCAGAAGGGGAAUUCCCUUCCUUAUUUCGCUCGGAAGCUGUAUUGUUAAACUGCUCGCACACAUGCUACAGAUUUUUGCUCCUCAAACUCUGCAGCCUGCGCUUGGGCUUCAGAAAAGAAGAACCGAGGAUGCUGGAAAUCUGAAACAAAGACAAGAAUUGCUGGAAAAGCUCCGCAGGUCUGGCAGCAUCUUUGGAAAGAAAUCAGAGUUAACGUUUCGGGUCCAAUGACCUUUCUUCAGAACAGGGCUUCAGAAAUCUUGGUAAAAGAAACUGGUUCGGCGGCCCAGCGGGAACUCGGUACAUCCUCCAUCCGAGGGACAGCAGCAGAAAGGACAAGUGUGCAAUGAGUUCGAGUCACGGUCUGAGAGGAGGAGGAGGAGACUGCUGAGUAUUUUAUUUUGCAGGGUGGGAGAUGGAGAGCAAUGGCGAGGAGAAGGUGGAGCUGGAAGAUAUUCUGAAUAAAUUGCAGGAAGAUGGUCUGGAUACUGAUGCCUGCUCUGCAAAUGAGCAUCUCUGUCAUCUGUGGCGUAUAUACCUGCGGGCCGAGGGCACGCUGCAAGCCACCAUGCAGGAUUUGGAAGGGUUGCGACAGCAACAGGCCUCCGAGAUGAAAGAGGUAGAAAAUUAUGUGGAUCACAUUCGCAAUCUGUCAGAGGAGCGGGAGGAACUCACAGCUGAAUAUGAGCAGGAGAAUGAACUACUAAAGGUGGAGCUACAGCGACUGAAAUUGGAGCAAGAGACACAGGUGAAGGAAGUGGAAGAGAUGUUGCAGCAGGAAGGUCUGGCAGAGAUUGCACACAGUGGCCCAAGUGAGCAGGUAGCCUAUCUUCUUGUAGAACGUGCUACACUUCUGGAAAAGUUGGAAUCAGCAGAGAGAAAGGUGGAUUCACAGAGUGUCACAGGAAGCAUUCGUGAAACACACCUGCAGGAGGAGUUGGACCAAAUGCGGCAAACCCUGGAAGAGGAAUUGAAACAGCAGCGGGAGUCCAUGCAGCACACCAAGGAAACCAUGGCAAAGGAUCCUUUAUCAGAACCUGCGAGUCCAUGGAAGAAGCUAUUUGGGAUUCGUCAGCAGACGCACAGCGUCUCCAAAGACAUAGCCACCCAUGAAGAGGACCUGGAGAAAGAGAGGAAGCUACGGGAACGAGCAGAGAGGGAUCUAGAUGAGGCAGCAGGACGAUUACAGAUGGCACAUGAGGAAAUCCGUCGACUGACAGAUGAACUGGAUGUGGAGAGAAAAGUUCAUAGUAGUAAUGACUUCAUGGAACUAGAUAAAGCCAAAGAACAGAACAGCAAAUUGGAUGAAGAAAUCCUAGCGCUACGUGAGCGUGUGCGAUCAUUAGACUCAGAACGGAAAUCCCUUUUAGAAGUGGUUGAAAACCUUCAAAAGGUCCAGCCAUCUCAGGCACAACAACUCAGUAGUCUGCAGAAUAAAAUGAAUCAGCUGAAACCAGAAAACAAGGAACCAGCCAGACAAAUGGAUUCCCAGUUACAACCAGUAAAAGAGAUUCCUGUGCCAGCUGUUCGAAAGAAACACAAGAUAUUUUCAUCUUCACGUUCAACUAGUAAGGAAUGUCCGUUACCAGAUGUGGAACCUGACUCAUUGCGCUCGGAAUCAGGCCAUGAUGCUCACUAUCUAAAAUCAGAGGAACUCCACAAAAGGUGCCACCAUGAGAUUAAUCGGCUCGACUCUAAGAACCAUGAUCUACAGCGGAGGAUGCACAGACUGCAACAGGAUCUCGAAGAGGUGACAUUGAGGAAUGAGACACUCGAGACUGCAAUGGAAGAACACCACAGUCGCUCCAGAGAUGGCCGGCAUGGCACUGACUGUGAGAAGGAAGUACUAAAAGCUAAGAUCACCAGUAUGGAAACUGAUUAUGCAAAACUUAAGAGAAAGUAUAAGGAGCUCAAGGCAAAAAGUCAAGAAGUUAUCAGCGCUGUGAGUAAGGAACAAGAUAUUCAGGAGCAGUUAAAAAGGAGUCAAACAACAAUGGAGAGCGUACAGCAAAGGCUUGAAGAAGAAGUUAAAAACCGGGAGUAUCUUGAAGCUGCACUGUCUAAUGCCGAGCAGUCAAAAGUACGAGCAGAGGAGGAGUUGGAGGCUUUCAGAACUCAAGUGCACUUUCUGAGCAUGGAAAUGAAGAACUAUCAUGCAGCAACAGAACAGAAUCAAGCAUUAAAUACUGCUCUUGAAAGGAUGCAAUUGGAGAAUAAUGCUCUAGAACAGAAGCUCAACAAGGUACUGGAAGAUCACAGAGAGAUAUCAAAUUGUCAAGGAGCACAAAACAACAGUUGGAAAGAAAUAGCAGAUCGAUACCAAUGCCAGAUAGCAGAAUUGAAGAGAACCAUACACAAUCUCCAGGAAGAUAAAGCCUGUGCAUUCAACCAGGUGACCGACCCUGCCAAUAAAAAUCUCGAAUGUAUGCAGCAGCAGCUCAACGCAGUGCUAAAGGAGAACCAGCAGCUGAACCAGGACAACCAUGUUUUGCGGCAGCAAUUGUGCAGUGACCAGCGUGACAGCCAGAAUAUGAACCAGGAGAUUUGUAACUUACGGCAGCAGCUUAUCGCCAGUCAGCAGGAGUGCAAAUUACUCACGCAGGAAAAUUAUACCAUUCGGCAACAGCUUGGGUGCAGCCAGCAGGAAAACCAGUGCCUGAACCAAGAAGUGGCUAACAUAAAGAAACAGCUGAAUGACCUAAUUCACUCUAAAGAACAAGUGGAAGACAACAUUACCCAGGUGCAGCUGCAAGCUCUGAAGUUGGAAAUUAGCCAGCUACAGAAUUCGCUCGAAUUAGAACAGAAAAACUCUUACCAGCAGAAACAUGCUCUAGAAUUGCAGCUGGAGGAAGCAAAUAACAGGGCUAAGUCACAGGAACUGUUACUGCAGCAGCAAACAGAGGAGUCCCGGCAGGUGCGGCAGGAUUUACAAAGAGUGCAUAAUCUGUGCAGUACUGCAGAGAAAGAACUGAAGUACAAGAGAGAACAACUGAUAGAACUGCAAAGGCAAAUUUCUCUGCUUGAUCAGGAAAAUAACAGGGUGAAUUUGGAGUACAAAACAGCACAGUGUAGGUUGUCUGAACUGGACCAACAUAAUUUAGUUUUGAAAUCUGAAUGUGAAAUGAAGCAACAGAGACUAAAAGAACUGGAAUUGGAAUCUAACAAGACCUUCCACCUCAGCAAACAGUUAAAGAGUGUACAAGAUGAACUCAUAGCAGAAAAAAACAAAACUCUAAAUGCAGACAAAAAGACUGCAGAGCUACAGCAGCACUUGUGCAGCAUUCAGCAUCAGCUGCGACUCACAGAGGCACGAAAUAAGGAGAGGGAAGUAUUGGAAUCAGAACUAAAGGAAAGCAGGGACACAGCAGCCAAGCUCAAGAAUCAGCUACAGGAGGAAGUCCUUCAGAGGAAACUUGCAGAUCAGAACACAGAAGAGCUCCAGAAACAAGUCAAAUCAAUGUUAGAGAAGGAAGGGUGCUUAUCACGGGGAAAAUGUGACCUUGAGCAGCAAAUACAGCAACAGGAAUCACGGAUGCAUGUUCUGGAAGAGGAAAAGGAGGCCUUGUAUUCUGAGAGUCUCUGUAAUCAAAAGGCUAAUAAGAAGUUGAUGGAUGAAAUUUGUACACACCAACAAGAGAUAGUCAAACUUAAGGAAGAGCUGCAAAACAUGCUGCAACAAUUGGAUUCACAAGUGAGAUUGUAUAAUGAGAAACAGAUGAGACACAAACAGAAGCUGCGCAAAGCUAAAGAGAUCUUUAUCCGUGAAGUGAUGCUGCGAGAUGGUAAAAUAAAACACUUGGAAAGUGAGAUUAAAUUGAUGAAAAACCUAAUGGAUAAGGAACAUGCCUGGAACAUGAAGGUCACAUAUGAAAAUGAUCUGCUUCUUGUUGAGAAAAGAGAGCUUCUACAACAGUUGAGUGAGCAAGAGGAUGCUGUGCGGAACAACAAUUCAGUUGUCUGCAAUGUAAAGCACAGAUCUUGUGCCUCUGGUGCCUGCCCACCUCUGCUGUUGUCAGCAACAAGAACUGUUGACGACCAAGGCCAGUGGAAAUGCCAAAAGUCGGCAUCCAGGAUUAACUACCUGGAAGAGGAGAACAAACAGCUUCAAGACGAGACCGUGAAGUUGAGUGACCGGCUUGGUUCAUUGGAGCGCUCUCUAAAAAUCAUUAAGACGGAUCCUUCAAAGUCGCAGCAUCAUGAGAAUUUGUCCGUGUCCUUUCCCCAGGAUGUUUGCAGGCUUUCUUACCAUGAGACUUCUGUAAAGAAUAGCAACUUCACAUCUUCAACACGCGAUACACCGUCACCAAAUGGUCAUAGCCAUUUCAGUUCUUUGGAAAGCAUUCGACGUAUCAAAACAAUGCAGAGUUCUGAUGCCACAAAAUCUACAUUUCAGUCUCAGUCAUAUCAUUCAGAUGUCGGCUACUUAAACCUGACAAGCUCCCCACGAUACAGGGACCAGGAGGAAUGCCGCAGUCUAGGCAGUGACGAGGUGUGACCAGGUCAUGAAGAGACAGCAGUAUCUCUGAAUACAAUUUUAAGUGGAUCCUGAUUAUGCACCCUGAGCAAAUUUGCCGACUGGAUGAGCCACAAGGUGUUUCUAUCUGGAGUUUAAGUAAUGCUGGCAAUGGGGCCAGGGACAUAUUGACUCAACCUUCAGCAAGCUGUUGUCUUUGUCACAUUGCCUAACAAGAAUAUUAACACAUCUUUCUCUGGAUGAGUAGUGCUAGAUUGGUUGAAAUACCUGACUUAACGCUGGUCUGGCUAUUGCACUUACAAGCACGCAGAUACCGUUGUCAAACCAGUAUUACAAAGGUCAAGGAUGCAGGUUGAGUGUACAAAACCACUAUUGUUCUAUGGUUCCAAAGACCACAGAACUCUCCCCCACAUGUUAAUAUUAGCUUUUGCGCUGGUGUUCAAUUUGUAUUAGGACAAAUAACUCACCUGUAUGAGUAAUCGGUUUGCCCACACUAGUUUGAAUCUGUUACUUAGGGUGAAUGUUGUCAUGGAGCUUUGCAGUUGUACUUGUAAAAUAAUGUUAUUGCAGCAAAUUUGCACAGUUUAGGAAAACCAUAAGGAGACAGCAUUGGGAAGCCAGAUUGUAAAGCACAAUGUUUUGACUACUAUCUGAAUUUGAUGCCUUCUUAUACUGUAUUUGUUCCAAAUUACUUUCACUUGAGAUUCUGAAUUGUAACAUAAGCAGAGUGCGGCCUAUUUCUGGCAGACAUCUGCCUUAUUGCCUCGGGGCCAAAGGUCUCAGGUCUAAUGUAAGGUUACCUAAGUGGGAAGAUAUACUCCCAAGGACUCUGUAAUCUCAGGCUGGGCAGCAUUUAAGGGCUUGGAUUCCGUUCCACAUCAUCAGACCAGAGACAGUCAAAAAUGGGCCAGUAUGCCGGCUUCUGAUCCCAAUUGCAACUGAGUUUGGGUUCAGCCUAGAGGGAAGCCUGUGGUGCUUACUGUAUAACUGUACCAGUGACAAAUGGCUGUUUUGAGCAGAUAUAAAAGUGUGUCCACAUCCAAACUUGAGUCUUUAGAAGUUGAGACGUGAGAGAAUAGAGGAAAAAGGCACGUACUUUUUUUUUUAACUAAAAUCCAGCGAAUCGAUUGAAAAUAGAAACAGUCAGAUUACACAAGUGUGAGUUCCUCUGCAUUUACUAUGCCUUUGUUGCAUUGCAGUUAAAAGCCAAUCACUGUUUCUGGGGUAGUUGGUGCAUAAACCCAUCAGUACAGGAGGGUAGCAAACUGCGGGUUAGCAGCUCCUCCGCAAAGUAAGUUCUCAAUUUAGGCUUUGCCUCAGGGUGAGGGAAGGAAAAGAGGGGCGUUGGAGUUUUGAUAUUUCCCCAGAAGGUCAUGAGAGAAUGUCUGAGAGUCGCCCCCAAUAGCUGUCUCUUAGUUAUCCUAACUGUCAGGUAGAGGGAAGAGUAACAUUGAGAGAGGCCCAAAUACAGGUCACUUCCAAGGGAUUUGUGCUUGAUGGAAACCUUAAGAGAGUGAGGAAAAAUGUAAUUAAAAUAAAUGGUCCAAAACAAUGUGAGAUUGGAACUCUAUUGAUUUAGUAGAUUGGAGAAUAAACUGGGCAUUAAUACAACUCAACAGCUAAGAAUCCCGCUGUGUCAAGAUUAUCAGUGAGUAUCUGCCUUUUUACCUCAUGAUCAAAGGCCCCAGGUGUAAUGCAAUGUCACCUAAAUAGAAGGAUUCAGUCCCAAGGAUCAACCUAGCUUCCUUCCCAUUUUUACUUCUUCCUCUAAGGUGGAGAUAGUUUUUUUUUGUGAAUUAGAAUUACUUAUUACAGUUUUGGGAGGAAUCUUUUAUUCAGCUGGUAAAGACUCUAAUGGGCAUACUGAACUCUGAAAUUUAACAUAAUCACAAACUCAACAACAGGGAUACAGGCUUAAGUUUGAAAGCUGUAAGAUUAAUAGAUUUAACUCCAUUGUUGAGGGAGAUAAAUAUGAAGCAGACUGCUCAAGGAGGUACUGGGGACAAAGUAUUGGAUUGAUUUAAGAGGAAAUUGAAUAAAUAUUUGGCAUAGAAAUAGAUUCAGAGUGCAAAUGGUACCUAUUGUUUUUCAAACAAGGGAUUGGCAGGUGGAAUGCAGUAGGCUCUCAAGGACCUUGUAGAUUACUAUGCUGUUCAUUUAAAAGCUGAUUAAGCGUAGGGAGGGUGUGUAGAAGUGGUACUGUUUCCAAAUCCCUAUUCAUUCCAAACGUAAUUAAACCUGACUGGAUGAUCCUUGUUAGGGUCUCUGUUUGGUUUGCUCCGGAAAAGAUGAAAUUACUUCAUGCUAUGAGAAGCUUCAUUUCAAGUUAUAGAAGCAGUAUCAAGGCUUAAACUAAUUCAAGAUUUUCAGAACAAAACACAACAUUAACUGGAUUUCCUUGUUACAAAAAUGGUGCUGAAACAUAAUUUGUUGCUAAACUAUAUUCAAGUUCACGUAGUUCUUAAAGCCACCUUUUACAUAGUAGCAUAUUUGUAUUGACCAGUUAUUAACUAAUUAUUAUGUGCCAUUGUACAUGCGUAGAUUAUGAGAAUGAACAAACCAAUGAACAAAAUAGAAAAAUAAUUUAGGCCACCUUUUAAAUGAUUUUCUUCCUGAAGUGUAACAGUAUUCUUCCUAAACAUUCUGUUCAAAGAUGUUAGUAAACACCUGUGGAGCAGGUGGACUUGAAUCUAGGGUUUCUGGCUCUGAGGUAGGGACACUAGCACUGUUCCGCAAGAGACUCUGCUGAUGCCAACAUAAACAAUAUCUAUAGAGGACUGACAGGAUUGCAGUUCCAAAAAGCCUGUCUCACCUACAUUGCUAUUGCGUCGUAAUUUAUGCACAUCUGCACGCCCCAACCCACAUUGCUGCCUACCUGCCACAGAAACUAGUGAGAGAAGCCAAAGUACCCAGAUAGUUUAGAGGACAGGACAAAAGUUGUGCGAAAUACCACCCUAAAUCUCAAAGGCAAUCAAGGAGGUUCCAUGACUCCACCCUAUUUGGAAGAUGCAUACUUAAUAACUCUAUCUACUUUUAAACACUUAUAAAUCACCCACAGUCAGGAGUUCUUCAGCUCCCUGCUUAAUAGUUGCUGCGAAUUUGCACUAUCUGUGAACCAGUAACUUAUCCUGUAGGUCAAUGAAAACAAACACCUGCUGCUAAGGACCUACUUCCCAAUCCAUUUGUGGUAACUCUGGAGACUGUAAACUGGAUAAGAGUCUAGCAGUCCUCCUCAAGCUUUAAAUUACAGUAAGAGACUAAAAGGCAAUAAGACUGGAGUCUCAGACCUGAAGAAUGUUCAAAAAGAAUUGUUACUGCUGCAAAAAUCAAUUUAAUUCUAAUUUUGGUAGGAUCAUUGGACUAGUUUUGCCUUCAUUAUUUCCCUUCGUUCCUUGAUGUUUUUAAGUGAAGUGCUGCUUACAGCCAAGUUGAAGGGUAUACUUUAUCCUGGAAGAAUUCUGCCAAAAUGAUAGUAAGCAGCCAGCUGGGAAUAUAUUCUUAGAGAUUUCCCAGUCAAAGCAGAGACCAGACAUGUAGACUGAGUCUACUUUAUCAGACAGCUACCCUUUCUGCUUAUAUGUUAUUUCUGUGUUUGUGAAACUUUGAUUGGGAAAUCUUUAUGAAUGUGGACAGUUGCUUCACCCAAAAAUGACCUGUGGCAGACACAAUCACUUCAUUUGUUGAAGUUCUCCCCCAAUAGUCUUAAAAUCCUAAAUGUUUAAUUGGUGAGGCAGGAGGUAUUCAAAGGUUUGAAAGCAUAAGUAAUGCACGAUUACUUCCCUGAUCAAAGAGGAAGUGACAUGAAUAACUGUCUAAGCAAAAAUUGAGGGGCUAGACAUACUGUGUAUUUUCACAAGAUAUUUAAAGUAGCUAUUGAUAUCAAAUCAGGCAAGAGAUUUUAAAAAGGAGUUAAGUAAACACUGGAAGAAGGAAAUCAAAGAGGACAAAAAGGAAAUGGAGGUUAGACUACGGACAGUGACAAACACUGAAUAGCUUUUUGUGAAGUUGUUCAAAUUUUAUGCACAUUUGCCAUGUACUUUUGUCAUUCUUAUAGAAAAGCCUUUUUAUGUGUGGUUGCAUAAGAUUAAAUUUCUGUUUUGAUUUUCUGUCUAAAUUCAAUAAUUCAGGUAUAUUAUUUUCCAAGUAGAAGAAAUUUCUUUUCAGUCCAGAAUCGUGACAUUUAGCCUAUGAAUUAUUAGUGUCUAAUUACUGCCCGUAAAUCUAAUAUAAGGGGGAUUCAACUGUUUAGAAUUUAAUUUUGAAUGUACUUUCAAAUUUAUGGCUCUUAAAUAAUGUUGCAGAAUGCAACACACAGGCAUGUCACAUUUAAUACAGUGCAUCUUCAGUUAGUGUUAACUUUGGAGUACAAGUUCUCUAAUUUCUAAAAUUGCUCAAUUCUGUAGGAUGCUGUGCAGUGACAUCGAUAAAAGUCAAGUGACCUUUUUGAAUCUGGCACAUACUGUGUCAUUUACUCGAGUUGACCAACUAAUGGUUUUAAAAGGAAAGGGCUAAAUCUGAUGACUGGCAAUUUUGUUUAAGAAGUAUGAAACUGCAGGUGGCUGCAUGAUGACCAGUUUAGUGAGACUGGGUGAAAAACUAAUGGGUACUGUACCAUGGAGCCAUUCUAAGCUGUUUGAAACUUGAUUUAGCAAAAUGUCCUGACUAGGGUUGGCAGGCACUAACCUUCCAGAAUUUAAUAUUAACCAGUAUCCAAACUGGGUCAAUAUAUUGCAAUGCUUUUGUUAUUGUUCAAUCUUUUGGUUUGUCUUGAAGUAUGAUAAUGGUAGAGAGCAUAUGCCUGUGUUGUGCACUACCAAGAAUUGGGGAAGGAGGAUCAAAAGUCUCUGAUGCAUGACUUUGGGAACACUAGUCUUUGUUUAGUGCAAACAAGUCUUGACUGUUGACCUUGCCGUUGCAACUUGAUCAUUAAUAGUUAACCUGGGUUCUUCUUGACUGUGUCAUUGUACGGAUGAUGAUAAUUCACUUGUUUCCAGCUGCUAUUUACUUUAUCUGGUCUGUUGGUUGAACAGGUUUCUAGUUUCUACAAUGAUAAAACAAACCAUUACAAAAGCAAGGAGUGUCGUCAACGUGGCAUCUUAGCAAGUCUUUUGGAAAGCCCUAAAGCAUUUCCUAACAACCUCUAAGGUGUGUUUGCUGUAGUAGGAUGUAGCACCCAUUUUGUGAAGAUCAUGGCUCAGCAAUGAGAUGAAUGAAUCCUCGUUUGUCCAUCUCAGCAUGUGGGAAGGAGCUUAGUUUUCAUAUGUUAUCUGGAGGACGAGAUUUCAACAGUGCAGCAGUCGUUCAAUACUGCACUGCAGGAUCUGACUAGGUUACUUUGGAAGUCCUAGAAUGGGGUUUGAACCUACCUCCUUCUGACUGAAAGAUGUGAAUGCUAUCAAAUAAACUAAACUGAUAUUUUCCAAAUAGGAUAAAUAAUUAUUAUACUUGAAUCAGCAUCUGUCAGUAGAUUCACUGGAUAUGGAUUUGUCACAAGUGGUGAGGCCCAAUAUGGUAAUAGAUUUUGAACCAGAGUGCAAUGAAUAAUGUAAGAGGAUAAUUACUGAGAAAUGAUUAUUUUUUUCUUUGUGCAAUAAAACAUUGCUAUUAAAAUACAAAUAGUUUAUUCAUAUUUUAGUUAAAGUAAAAUACAAAUCCAUUGGCAAAAAAAACGAUACACUAUGUAUAAAGAACAUAAGUUUGUUAGAGAUGCUCAUUGGAGAAUGAUCCUACAGGCUAAGUUUACUGAUAUGGGUUCUGUCAGAGUACAGCAGUUUCUACUGCUCCAGUGUUUUCACUGCCUGCUAAGUUAAACGUGGUACAUGGAAAAAGUUUACCUCCUCCUAAAGCCACCAGUGCCAAAGAUGUGCAAUGUAUUGACUGCAGAAUGGGUUUGUGUGUACAUGGAGCAGUUGCUGUUGGUGCUUAGUACCCAUACGCUUUGAUUACAGUAGCUCACCAGUUUUUAAACCUGAGCCCUCAAAACCUGAGAAUGGCCUCGUGGUCACUGAUUCUGUUACUGGACAUGCUUCCUAUGAUGCCAUAGAUGCAACUGUGGAGCUUCAUUAUCCUUCUUAUUUCAUGUUACCCACAAGCAGGAUGUGGUAGAUGUAUAAAGUUUGUGAGAUUUGUUGCUUGGGUUGUGGAUGAGGUUGUAGACUUGCUCGCUGAGCUGGUGUGUUUGAUUGUAGACAUUUUGUCACCCUGCUAGGUAACAUCGUCAGUGCGCUUCCAGUGAAGGAUUGGUAUUCUAUCCCAC